CGUUCAAUUCAGAUCUGAGCGGCUGAUCGUUCGGAUCUGAGAAGAGAGGAUGGAUUCUAGCCGCCAUCUGAUAUUUGAUUCCUCUUCGUCGUCCACCCGGGCACGGUUGCUAAUGUUGGGCGGUGGAAACCCCAUCUUCCGAGGGUUGAGGCCGGUGGUUGCGGUGGAGGAGCUCGGCGCCACCAAGCGGCCGUUCUUCACAUCACCUGAUGAGAUUUACGAGGAGCAAUACUACGAGGAGCAGUUGCCGGAGAAGAAGCGCCGCCUGACGUCCGAGCAGGUUAACUUAUUGGAAACGAGCUUCGAGGAGGAGAACAAGCUGGAGCCAGAUCGAAAGAGCGAGCUGGCUCGAAAGCUAGGCAUGCAACCAAAGCAAGUGGCAGUGUGGUUCCAGAACCGGCGUGCAAGGUCGAAGAACAAGCAGCUCGAGCAGGAUUUUGAUCGGCUCAAGUCAUCGUACGAUUCAUUACUUGUUGAUCAUGCUGCCCACCUCAAGGACAAUGAGCGAUUGCAGUUGGAGGUGAAAUCACUGCUUGAAAAGCUAGAAGCUAAGCAGGAGGCUUCUCUGGUUACUGGUCUGAAGUUGAAUGGCCAGGUACCAUCGACCGCUGAUCUAAUGGCCCAGAAAAUCCCUCAUAAGUUGGAAGAUAUGCUGAGCCCUGGUAGUGGUGGAAGCACAGUGGUUGAGAUGGAGGGUGCGAACCAGCUGGUGGGGAGUAGUCGAGAGUCUUACCUGGUGGAAGGCUACCACUGUGAAGAACUAAUUCAUGGCGACAUGCAAUCUGAGGAGGAUGACUUGAGUGAUGAGGGCUGUAACUACUAUCCUGAUGGCAUGUUCAUGGAGCACAACAACCAGGAGUGGCUCUGGAACUAAAGUCUACCUGGAAAUCAGUACAGCCUUCUGAUACUGCACUCUGCUGCUGAUGCAUCUUCUUCCUAGCUUGCCUAAAUGUGGAUUAGUGUCGUAGAAUAUGUACUAGUUGUGGAGUACGGUGGAAAUGCAUUAGAUCAUAUCUGAUUUGAGUAAGUGCUUAGCGGGAGGAAAAAAAGACUCUGCUUGUUUAUCUUAAUUAUCCCAGUAAAGAAAUAAACCAUCCGUGUGGAUAGAUAGCUGAUCUGAGUUAUCAUUCGGAUAACUUAUAAAUAAUCACCAGAGAGACAAUGUAAUCUCUUCGCUCCCUAAGAAUUUUGUUAUGAUGA